GUUUGAGUGCCUAUCUAAUGGGAGCGCCCAAAAGGCAGUCGUCAACACCCGUUAUCCGAACUUCCGCCCACCACUGAUAUAAAACCCAAUACUACCAAUUUACUGGAAAACAAACGGCCAUCCGAAUCACUGCUGUUAAACACAUUUUCCGUAUUAUCGUUCGACUCAGACAGUAGAGGCCAAACAAAACAACCAAACUAAAUGUACCCAGUGUACCGCACCCCAAACAUUUACUGAGGCUAGACCGAUGGAUGACAGUCCACCUAACAUGGCCUCCGUUACAACCACGAUUAAAUUGGUUAACCCUGCCCAGAGUUCGCAGGACGCCGAGGAAUUGCUCCAGGAAUGUAGCGCCUUCCACAACCUAGUAACGAAUCACAGAUUUCCUUACCGCCUCUCACUCCAGCCGUGGAGUGGGGCCUAUGAACAGCCCGCUGCGCAUGUCUCGGCCUGUCUCCGCUUUGUGUUCUGUAUCGCCAGGACAGCGGACCUGUUGGUUCUGAUACAUAGCAAGCGAACGGAUCGGCCUCUGCCGUUUCCAGUUCCAGCCUGCUUGACCGCACUCCCAGUAACUCGCCGCUCUACAGCACACCAUCAGCCGCCACAAACUAAAUACGACACAGCAUUCCCGCCAGAACCAUCCACCUCGCUUUAGCAUUCGCCUACUAUCCAAUUGACUCUAAACUCACUAACACCGGCAGAC